UUUGCACUAACACCUGUUCAACUCAUAGCUGGCUUUAUAAAGUCGCCCCUGUCUCAAAAGAAGCUGACCGAGGACAGUGUGGAAUUGCACUGCGAAGCCAUCGGCCAUCCCAUCCCAGAGAUCCAGUGGUGGUUUGAGGGGGCAGAGCCCAACGAGACCACUGUCCAGCUGUGGGACGGCGCCUGGCAGGAUCGGGUCACAAUCAACGCCACCUACAAGCAGCACUCCACAAGCUCCAUCUCCAUCACCAAUCUAACCCUCAACGACUCCGGCACAUACGAAUGCCGGGCCAGCAACGACCCGGAUCGCAAUCACUUGUCGAAGAGUCCCAAAGUCAAGUGGAUCCGUUCCCAGGCGAACGUGAUUGUCAUUGAGCGCCCCACAAUCACAGCCUCACAAGAGAUGACUGAUGACUCGAAACUGGUCAUUUCUUGUAACAUAAGUGGAGCGCCAACAGAAAUCAAAGGUCAUUACUGGAUGAAGGGGAACACCAAGAUUCAGUCGGAUGACAGUUCUGCUGAUUUCACUUCCUACACGAUACAGAAAGUGGAUCAUGAAUCUUCGGGAGAAUACUACUGUUUCUUUGAGAGCACCCCACUCUCAAACGGGACUGUGUUUGUGAAAGUUAAACCUUACGUGGUUGCCUACAAGAAGUCAGAGCAGGGGAACGAGAAGGAUACCGGGGUCCUCAUUUGCAAGUCUUUGUCAUAUCCCCCCAUCGUCCAGUGGUCCUGGUUCAAGAUGGCGGACGGGCCCCAGCCUGUUGUGAAUGGUACAGAUGACCGAUACAGCAUCACAUCCAAUGGCAGCAAGACAGAGCUGCGAAUCACAGCCCUGGACAUGGAGAAAGACCCGGGCGAGUACAAGUGCAACGGCACCAAUGAGAUGGGCGAAGGGGGUGCCGUUGUGAGCUUGCGGGUUCGCAGCCGCCUGGCAGCUCUGUGGCCGUUCCUGGGGAUCGUGGCCGAAGUCCUGGUUCUUGUUACUAUUAUCUUCAUCUACGAAAAGAGAAGAAAGCCCGACGAGGUUCCCGAUGAUGACGACGGAGGGUCUGCACCAUUGAAAAGCAAUGCUUCCAAUCAUAAGGAUCAGAACGUACGCCAAAGGAAUGCAAAUUAAGCAGCUGUCAAGGUGACAUACCAGUUAAGCAGAUCACUCAGAGAUGUUUCCUUCCUCUUGCUCCGUAGCACCAAGGAUGUUCUAGUGCAUCCUGACAAAAAUCAGUUAAUUUCACUUUUUUCAGAGAGAGUUUGUAGAGUAAAAUUCCUUUUUUAAAGAAAAAAAAA